AUGUCCGCCUCACGGCCUGCUUCAGCCGCGCCAUGGCGGUCGGCAUUUCUAUCUCACAUCAAGAAAAUGGACUCGCCUACCUUUGUGCUUAGCACUCUUCACCAUCACGACUCCUCUUCGGUCACCCCUCGUUCCCGCACUGUUGUGUACAGAGGUACUUGGGCAGAGAUACCAGUCAACCCAAAGAACGAGGCACCACUGAAUCCUCCCCUCUACGAGAGCGACCUUCUGACUAUCACCACCGACGCCCGCAUGGAGAAAGUUCCAGAGCUAUCGACCGAUGGGAAGCGCGUUCCGCAGACUGGUGGUGGAGGUCCUGUUGAGGCCGUCUUUUGGGUCACCGAGACACAAACUCAGUGGCGUAUGCGCGGCCAUGCCUAUCUUCUUGGCCAAGACAUUGACGACCCAUCAGCAUCACAUGUCAGGGAAGAGAUAGAGAAGUACAUGCGGAAAAAGAGUGACGACAGUUCGAGUUCAUGGAACUGGGGCAAAGAGAUCACGGCGCACUUUGGAAACUUGAGUCCCGGCAUGCGAGGAUCCUUUCGUAAUCCUCCUCCUGGAACGAAGCGGGAUGAGAAACCUGAGGCCGGACUUGGGCUUGGUCAAAAGGUGGAGGACCUGGAUGACGAGAUUGCAAGGAGCAACUUUCGCGUUGCUAUUAUCAUCCCGGAUGAGGUUGAUCAGGUGGACCUAUCCGACCCGGCUGAUGGUAGAAGAUGGAAUUACAAGUUGAUUAAUGGUUCAUGGGAGAAGACUGAGCUAUGGCCUUGA